AUGCUCAGUGCUCCUUCCGCCAACAACCUGCCUCUCUUUUCGUUCGGUCGGAAUGGCGCCGCGAAUGACGUAGGAGACUCGGCAGCUUCAUACGACUUCCUGCCUUCGGUCAACUUCGACGACCUCCAGAGCAGCCUCGAGUCCGCCUCCAACAAUUUCAAAUUGGCUCAGUAUUCGACCUCAGCCGGACAAAGUAGCGUUCUGGACGCCGGGAGCACGACCGACAAGAUGGCGGGGGCUUCCAACGUUGUUCAGAAUGGCGCAUCCGCGCGCGGCGGCAUUCCUCCCCCCGUUACUCGCACGGGGAGAUCCGGUUCGAUUCUGAGAAGACCCAGUACCUCUAGCAGGCAGCCGAGUAUUUCGUCUAUUGCCUCUGGCCCGUCGUCCGCCGUAGACACAUCGACCGGCCCCUCAGCUGCGAGGUCUCGGAGGCAGAGUCACUACCCCCCUGUAUCAAAUACCCAUAUCGCGAAACCACCCAGGAAAUCCAUCGGCCCGGGUGUCAUUGAGACGGACUUUGGCAGUCGCACUGCGCAGCGGAGGAGGCCGAGUGUUACAUCUCACAAUGGGAGCUCAACGGAUCUCCCUCGGGCCUCGAUUGAUGUCGGUGCUGGCGUUGGGUUCGAGACCCCACGGAACCUCGCCAGCAGCAGAGCCGCAAAAUCCAAGUCCAUGCAUCAAGCGCUGCCUCGCUCCAACACCGCCAAUCUGUCGACACCAGACAACGGUCGCCUUUCCACCAUCUCUCCGCGUUCUCCCCGAGGCGGCAGCAAAGGAAACAACGGUGGAGGCUCAGCGCAGUCAAGGAGACAGUCGGGCCUGCCCGGAAUGCCGCACACAUCGCACGCAAGCGGGCUCGGCGCCAGGACCAUCAGUCCUACGGACACACGAAGAAUGAAGCGCUUAUCCAUGCACUCCGUGCACCAAGUCUCGGGUCAAAUCGAUGCAGCCACCGCGCCGCCUCCGCCCCGAGAGCACCGAGACCACUCCAGAUCCCCGUCCAUGAUACCCCGAAAGGCAUCUGCCACGCCUUCUUCGUCCCGGACGACGCCCGAUAUCAACAGAAAGUCUUACAGCUCUGGCCUCUCCAUCACCUCGACCAAUAGUUUCAACACCGUGCGAACCUCGACAGGCUCAAUUCAGCCCCGAGUGCCUGCCGCGGGAGCCGCAUCACGGCUGCCAGCACCAAAAUCAUUAACCCCGCAUAAUCAUAACUCCCAUUCCGCUGACGAUGACGAGGACGUCCCACCAGUACCUGCCAUUCCGAAAGCGUACGAGUCACCACAGCAGUCAGCCACAGAGGCGUCGUUUUUGGACAAGCGAAAAGCCAACCUCGCAGCUGAUGCUAGCAGCAUUAAUAGCAACUCGACCGGCAGCCUCUCCAUUCCCUCGAUCCCCGAACCCGCUGUCAAGGUAGUACGGAAGGCUAGUACCCGGAAGUUGACGAAUGCAACCGGCCCGGAUACCGAAAAGAAGGCAAAUGCAGCCCAACCGAGAAAAAACCCCCCGCCUGUGCGACUACCUCCAAUCACGGUCGGUCCACUGAAUCCUUCCACGAGCGCGAAGAUCGCAGCUCUUGGCCAGAAUGAUCCCGACAGAAAGCUCAGCCCACCUCCGUCGCGCAUCAUUGCAAAGACGCCGACUACCCCCAUGACCGCAUCGAAAAGCUCCUUCUUCUCAAGGAACCAUCAGGAAGAAAAAUCAGACUUUCGGCGGAGCAACAGCACUGUUCACCACACUCGGAUCGAAAGUGGGUCUGGUGUUGAAGGUACCAGCUCCUCCGAAUCGCUCGAGGGAGUGCGAAUUCCGGUCUCGUUCAAGACACCUAGGAAGCCCAGCGUGUCUCCAUUUCUAUCCUCCUCGGUGCCCAAGCCAGGCGCGGACCCCGCCUUUUUGAAGCGAUCGCAGACCGGCGACUCAACAGCAACUACGGAACCUCUCGAAGUGAAACCGCAUCUGAAGCCUUCUGGUCCCCGUGCCCAGCGGGUUGUCAAGGGAAAGUCGCCCACGCCACCGGCCUCCGACUUGGAAGAGCCACCCACCCCUUCCUCAAUGAGCUCUUUGCGUAGGAAGUUGAGCUUGUCGUGGAAGCGGAACACGUCCAAGAAUGACUCUAAAGGCAACCCCUCGGAAAAGACGGUGGAACGCGCCCUGAGUAAGGAACAGAUGCCACCGCCGCGGUUGCCCAUAUCUGCGACGGUCGGCAAUCUGAGUUCGGCCAAAAACAGUCCCAGCCCAUCGGUGAAGGCCAGCAAUUCAUACCUCGAAUCAAGACGGAGGAAAAGCUCGGCAGCAAGUCUCGGCCAUGACAGAACGAAGAGCGAGAAUUGGGCCUCGGCCUCCGCCCAGAAGACAGCUAGUGACUCCUCGCACGCCCACAAUCCAUCCGUCAUGCAAAAGAUUUUGCGCCCGAAGGCAUCGACGACCGCUAUGCGCCACCACGACCCGUGGACAGCUGACCUCGAUAAGGAUGACCUGGUUGCCGAGGAGGAGAUGAAGAAGAUGGGCUCGAGACGCAAGGAGACGGAAAUCGCGGCCAGGACGCUCGACGCUUUGAGGAAACGCGCGACGCCGAAGGAGCGGGUCGGGUCUCAGGAAGCUAUCCGAAUUGCCAUGCUCAAUAUCUACGAGCGGGGUGAGAUUGUCGACUACAACGAUGUUUACUUCUGUGGAACACAGAACGCCCGCAAGGUGGUCGGUGACCUUCAGUCUGAUGCCCCCAACUUCGGUUACGACGACGAGCGCGGUGAUUAUACCAUAGUUGCCGGGGACCACCUUGCGUACCGAUACGAGAUUAUUGAUAUUCUUGGAAAGGGAAGUUUUGGUCAAGUCGUCCGGUGCAUUGACCACAAGACGGGUGUGCUUGUGGCUGUCAAAAUCAUUAGGAACAAGAAGAGGUUUCAUCAACAAGCUCUUGUCGAAGUCAAUAUUCUACAAAAGCUUCGCGAAUGGGAUCCCAAGAAUCGGCACAGCAUGGUCAACUUUACUCACAGCUUCUACUUCCGAGGACACCUCUGCAUUUCGACCGAGCUCCUGGACAUGAACCUCUACGAAUUCAUCAAAGCGAACGCCUUCCGCGGAUUUUCCCUCAAGCUCAUCCGUCGUUUCACCAAGCAGAUGCUGAGCUCAUUGAACCUGCUGAAGCAACACAAGGUUAUUCACUGCGACCUCAAACCCGAGAACAUCUUACUUCGCCAUCCGUUGCAUUCCGAGAUCAAGGUCAUCGACUUCGGAUCAAGCUGUUUCGAGAACGAGAAGGUGUACACGUAUAUUCAGUCGCGAUUCUACAGAUCACCCGAGGUCAUCCUGGGCAUGACGUACGGCAUGCCUAUCGACAUGUGGAGUCUCGGGUGCAUUCUCGCCGAGCUCUACACGGGCGUUCCCAUAUUCCCCGGAGAGAACGAGCAGGAGCAACUUGCCUGCAUCAUGGAGGUCUUCGGUCCCCCGGAGAAGCAUCUUAUUGAGAAGAGCACCCGCAAGAAGCUGUUUUUCGACUCGAUGGGCAAGCCGCGCCUCACGGUAUCCUCCAAGGGCCGCAGACGCCGCCCGUCUUCCAAGACGCUGCAGCAAGUCCUUAAGUGCGACGACGAGGCUUUCCUGGAUUUCCUCGCAAAGUGUCUUCGCUGGGAUCCUGACAGGCGUCUUAAGCCCGAGGAGGCCAUUCACCACGAAUUCAUCAGCGGCAAGAAGAUAAGUGCAACCUUGCCGCGGGUUGCGACUCGCGAGGCGUCCCCGGUAAAGCGCCACACCGUUGCCGCGCCGCGGCCUCUUCCUGAGCCGCCGGCAACGGGUCUCAAAAGCGGUAUCCGAUCGAGAGAAGUUAGCGGUGCGAGCCCCCAGAAGCCCGUUUCUGUAACAUCAUCUCGCAGGCCCUCUAUCGCAACCAGCGGCACAGUCCAUGUAGCUACAGCCAAACGAACCAGCACUGGACAGGCCGGCGUCACGGCCGGAACCAGCAGUCUCCCACGUGCGGCGAUUAGAAGCGUUAGCGCCAAACAGGACCUGGCUUCCGCCGGAGCUACCGCGGCCAUGAGCAGAAGAGGGCUGUGA